AUGGGUAUUAAAUAUAAAGUAUUUCAAUGGGUAUUAAAUCAAAUCUUGGAGAUUACUUUGGUUUAUUCAAAGAAAUAUCAGGUUGGAAGAAUGUCUGAAGUCAUCAACCCACCAAAAGUGGAACUCACAGAGAAACAACGCAGAAAAUUGGAAAAAGAUGAACGUAGAAAGAAAUUUGCAGAUACCACUAUUCAAGGUACAAAUGAUUAUUCAAUUGUUUCCAAGAGAUCUGUUGAAAAAUUAUAUACUCAAAAACUAGAUCAAGAUUUUGGUAUAUCAACUCCAGAAUAUUUUAAACAUUUUGUUAAAAAAGUUCCAAGAAGAUCUCCUGCUAUUAAUAGAGGUUAUUGGACUCGUAUGGAAGCUAUUAAACAAUCAACUUUAAAAAUUAUUCAAAAUUCUUUAAAUCAAGGUAAAAAAAUCACUAUAAUUAAUCUUGGUGCUGGUUAUGAUCCAUUAGCUUUCCAAUUCUUAGAUUCCAGAAAUCCAGAUAAUUCAACUCAUGAGGGGAAAGUUUCAUUUAUUGAUGUUGAUUAUCCAGAUUUAAAUAAAAUGAAAGUACAAAUGAUUAAUAAUUCUUCUGAAAUUAAAGACAUAAUUGGUAAAGAAACUGAAUCUAAAUCGUCAAUUGAAGGUGUUGAAUUACAAACUUCAAAUUAUACAGUAUUAUCAUGUGAUUUGAAAAACAUUGAAUUAUUCCUUAAACAAUUGAAUGCAUUAAAUUUAAAUGAUGAUCAAAUAACUAAAAUUUACAUUGCAGAAGUUUCUAUCGCAUACAUGGCACCUGAAUUUGCAGAUAAAGUCAUUAGUGCAACUUCAAAUUUACCAGAUUCACAUUUCUUAUGUCUUGAACAAAUUUUACCAGCUGGUCAAUAUCAAGGUUUUGCAAGAACGAUGCUUUUCCAUUUUAAUAAGCUAAAUUCACCAUUAAAAUCAGUGGAAACUUACCCAACUAUAACAAAACAAAUUGAAAGAUUUGAAAAAUCUGGUUAUACUUCAGUUGGUGCUAUUGAUUUAAUGGGAUUUUGGAGAUCAUUACCCAAAUCAUUACAUAAACAGAUUGAUCAAGUUGAAGCAUUUGAUGAAUUAGAAGAAUUUAUUCAUUUUUGUCAACAUUAUUUGAUUUUACAUGCUUCAAAUUCAUCCAAAAGUCUUUAUGAUAAAGAACCUGAAUUAAUCCCAAUUAAACAAGAUUCAAAUUUCAAUAAAAAUUUCAAAUUAAUACCUAAGAAUCAAGAUUUAGAAAGAAAAUUCCCAGCAGUUACAGUUUCCCCUGAUCAUAAUGAAAUCUUAUUAAAUGGUGGUGCUUCAAUUUCAAGAUUAAAUUCAACACUUAUAGCUUCUAAGAAAGAUAAUACACCAAUUUUCAAUAAUCCAACCAUAAUACCAUCACCAAGAAUGACACAUACUUUGAAUACACUUAAUAAUAAUAACAACGAGGGAAAAUAUUUAUUAGUUGGUGGUAGACAUGCUCCAGGUAAAGAAUUAUCAGAUUCAUGGAUCUUGGAACAAAAAAAUGAUAAUCAAUAUGAAUGGAAAGAAAUCGAAUCAUUACCAUCUUCAAGAUCAAGGCAUUCAACUUUCCAAACUAACAAUGAAACUUAUAUUUAUGGUGGGAAUUUCGAAUCUGAACCUUUUAUAAGAUUUAAUGGAACUAAUUGGGAAACAAUAACUACACAAGGUUCAAUUACAAGUAAAAAAUCAUCAGCAUUAGCAUUUAACGGAUCUAAAGGUAUAAUUAUUGGUGGAUUAAAUUCUGAAGGUGGUAUAACAAAUACUUUACAUACAUUCACAAUUGACCAAGAUAAUAAUACUAUCAAGACAGAAUUAUUAUUCGAACAUCCAUUAUUAUCAAGAUAUAGUGCCAAAGCUCAAUUCAUAUCAGAAGAUGAAAUCUUAUUAUUUGGUGGUGUAAGUGAUUACAUUCUUUAUGAUCAAUUUAAUACAAUUAUAAAAAUUAACUUAAAAAAUUUGGAAAUUACAAGUAUCAAAAUCCCAGAUGAAAUUUGGGAAAAUUUCCCAAUGCUUGUUGGAUUUGAAUUAAUUAAAUUUCAAAAUUCAUUAAUUUGUAUUGGUGGUGGUGAAGUUUGUUAUUCAUUUGGUUCUAUUUGGAAUGAUAUAUUAAUCAUUGGAGAUGACGAAAUACCGGACUUUAAACUUCAACAAAAUAGUAUAUAG